GUUGACAUCAUGGCGGCUACAAUACUAAACAUGUUUCAACUGUUUUUGUUUUGGUGCAUUGAAUUAAGUGUGUUAAUUUCUGUGGUUUCUGCUGCUACUACUACUACUACUCCAGCAAGUACAUCAACCGCAGCAUCCACCGUGACUACGUCAACAACACCAACGACAACCACAGUCACAACUACAACGACUAGACCGACCGUUCCAACCACAAACAUUCCAUUAAAUACAGACAUAGGGAAAUGCCCUUGUGAUUUGACUGGGAAUGCCUGUGAUGUUAACUGCUGCUGUGAUCCUGAAUGUACUGAGAAUGACAAACUUGUUUUUUCUCAAUGUCUUCCAAGCUCCUAUGUAUUGGAUGACAAAUUGUGUUUCAACAAGAAUGUAUUUCUGUUUGAAAAUGGUCCAUCUACAUCUGGUGAAUCUGGUGAUUUGUUUUGCAUCUAUUAUGAUAAUGACCAGAAAAGGAAUUAUUACAGCAAUCCAUCUUUAGUGACCAGUGAAGCAGAAUUUCUGAAAUAUGCUGCUGCUUAUGGGAAGUUUUCAUUUCAGAGCCCUGCUCCACCACAGUUGACUUCACAGUUUAAUAACUACUACAAGAGUGGUGACCCUCUAUAUGUUGUGUAUGAGAAUCAAGCCUUCAGUUACCUAGGACUUCCAACCAGUUUGUCCACAAGUGUCUGCUCUGACAGUAAUCCAGCAGCCUAUUUGAUAGAUGCAUCAAGUCAGUGUAACAGGCUGUACACCAUUUCAAGUUUCUCUGCUGAUUGCAUUAAUGAUUUGAAAUUAAAAGCCGACACAUACUUUAAGGGAUUCCGCAUUGUCAAAGAUCCUUUCCUACUGAAACCUUUCAACUCUUCAACAAGCAUACAAGACCCUGUAGUUGGCUCACCCAAUUUAGCAAGUGUAACUGAUUUAUACAACAACAGUUUUACAACAGAAAUCCUACUGGGAACUGUGCAGUGCAUAAAUGGAAAUGGCAUGAAAGGAAGUUGUUUAACUAACACUACUCAGACUCCAUACUUCAACACCACUGACAAUCGUUGUUAUAAUGUUGUUGUUGAGGUGAAUUACAGAUUUGAAUUGAAUGGAACUUUCGGCAUACAGAAGGCUUAUGUUGACUUUGUGUUUCAAAAUAUUGAUAAAUCAAAAGUAUCUCAGACCUUUUCAACUAAAUUCACAAAGGUAAUCUCAACCUCAAGCACUUCAGUUCAACGCAGUGGUAACCCAGGUUAUCAGAUUGGACAACCAAUCAUAGCUGGGAAAUUCAAUGCCUCAGUAUCUGGGACAACUGAGAAAAUUGAGUUAUUACCAGAGGACAGACUGUCAUUAAUGCGGCCAUCUGCCAGUGGGGACUGCACAACCAUUACAGGUCAAACUAGAGAGCCAGUUUUGUUUGGUCAGGAUAUGAGAACUGGUUGCUUCAUUAGCAUCAACACUACCAGUACCUCUUCAGUUUGCCAGGAGCUCCAGCAGGAGAUCAUGAAUGCCAUUGAAGGAAGCGAUGUUCCACCUUUAAUCAAUGGUCUUUAUGCCAAGAACAACAGAUAUGUUGCUAUGUUUGGUAACUCAGAGGUUACAAAAACUGGUGACUGGGUGGAGAUUUUUUUCCCUAACAGACCUGUUCCACCUUCAUCCUCGAGUUCGUCAUGCACAUUGUCUUUGGGUGCCAAUAUACAAAUAUUGUAUGCAAAGAUUGGAGCUCUUCCCAAUCCUCAGCCUAAAAUUAUUGGUGUCUCUUUCAUCUAUGAUGAUGUCCAGCAAGUGGUCUACCAGUGUACAGGACCAUACUGCCAGCCUGGGUCCUCAAGCCUUUUACAAAAAGUGGAAAUUAGCAGCUCUGUCACCUUCAUUGAUGUGUCCUUGUCCCCCCAGGCUGUGGAAGGGAAGUACCCAACAGUGGCAGUGCGGCUACCUUAUGAUUUCUUCUACCCCUUCUUGACUUCAUCUGUACAGUGCCAUCCAACUUUUAGUCAAACCUCAAAAUUUAUGAUCAUUCUAUUAAUAUUGACUGUGUGGAGUAUAUUGUAAAUGUAACUAUUACACUUAGAAUAAUCCUGAAUUUUAUUUGAUUCAAGAACUUAAUAAUCACUUGAAUUCUAUCAGGUCAGAGCAUCAGAAUUCAAACUGAGGGAUUUUAUUUGUUUUAAAAAAUCUGAUCUUCCCUCUUUUCACAGCUGCCUUUUUCAACUUCUUUAUAGAUAAGAAGUGAAUGUGUCCUGUGUUUUGACCAUAAAGAUUGUAAAUUAAUCAAGUAAUUUAUUCUGUUUAUUAUUAUUAGCAACAUCUGUAUAAAAUAAAUUUAAAUAUUUCACAGUUUUACAGCAGUGCAAAAAAUAGACACUAUUCAGCCUUUAUCUCUGUGUAUAAUUUUUUGUAAAUGUUGUAACUACUGCACUGAAUUUUAUCAGUCGAAAUGGUAAUGAUGGUGCAUUUUUUUCACCACCGCCAUGUUACAUUGACUUUACCGUCCACUUCUGUAAAGAAUGUUUUAUGUACAUAAUGUUUAUGUUCGAUAAGCGUUUGAAAGAGACUGAAGAAAGAAUAGAUAAAAGUUAACCUUACCAAUGUAUUUUAAUAACUUAUUGUGUGAGAUAUGUAAAGGAUGAGAUCUGAACAUUUCAUGCCUUUUAUUCAUUUUAUGUAGUUAUUACAAGUGUUUCUUUCUAUGAAUAUAAUCUUUCACAUUUUGCCAAUUAUAUGCUGUCAUGAUCAACUAAGUAUGUACUAUAUAAAUUACGGAACUUAUUAAAUUGGAACAUGUUUUAUUAGCGGCCCCCUAAAGGAUAAUAGACACUAUUAGUUUUGUGUGGUCUGUCUGUCCCGUUUAGAUCUCGUAAACGUGAAAAGAUAUUGAAAAUUCAACAUCAGAAUAUUAUAGACCAUUCAAAGUUCUAAUGCAACGGCUACUUUUUUCUUUUCUGAAAGCGAAAAAUUUAAUUUUUAAAAUCAACUAUGUAAGCAGUUUUUUCCUAAAAAAAUACACCAUUUUUACAACAAUUCACUUUUAAUAGUAACAAACACAGAGGCUAAUUUUGUAAGGGAUAAAUUAGUGUACCUUAUUUUUAACACAUUUUAGAAUUGUAUUGCUAAGUUAAGUAAGAUCUGUCAUACUAGCUACAAAAAAAAAUGUUUACUUUUUUUUUUAAAAAAGAAAAAAUCUAUUUAGUAUUCAUCUAAGUAGAACAUAAUUUAAAACAACAAUUAAUUAGUAGUUUUUCAUAUUAUCAAGUGAACUGCAGCAUGUACACAUGAAACACUGAUUUUUUUUUUUUUUGUAUGGAA